GUUUGACUUUUAUUUUAGAACAUGAAGGCAUCUUGUAAACAAUAAUUAUUUAAGAGCAUAUGCUUUGUUGGAUACUUCUUGAGAACAUAUGAGUACACCACAACUGUUUACGAAAGAUUUUUUUUCCUUUUGUUUGUUCAGUGUCAGGAGAGCAAAUAAAAAAUAAAAGUAUAAUCAUUCUUUACAAUCGUCAAGCAUUAAACUAGUUACACCGUGCACGACUUGGCAUGGAAUUCGUAACACCAAUUUAACUAACAACAAAACUGGCUGCUCUAAACACAAAGAAACAGCAACUUCCCUGUAUGUCGGGUUUGUGCUGCUUUGAAAAGAAAAAAUAGAAAUUUACAAAAGCUUUUCCGACGCGAUACCUUGAUUGAAAUCGAUUUUGAUUUGAAUGUGCCUUUCGUAAACCAGGAAUGGCCAAAUCUGAUGCAACGGAGUUCCACCAACCAGCUUGGCAUUAUACCUUUGCCGGUGGGCUCGCGUCAGUUAUAUGCAGAUUUACGAUUGCGCCCUUUGAUGUCUUGAAAAUUAGAAUGCAAGUCUCCCAUUCAUCAUUGCUUCAGGUGCUAAAAACAACUCUUCAUAAUGAAGGUUAUCGAGCUCUUUGGAGGGGGAAUGUUUCGGCAGAGCUUCUAUACUUAAUUUAUGGUAGUACCGAGUUUGUUGUGUUUUCAAAAAGUCGGGCUUUUACAGAAAACUUACAGGCUAAUAAACACAUCUUGAACUUUUUAAGUGGAGCCUUCGCCGGUUCUUGUGCUACCGUAGUCUCCUACCCGUUUGAUACUCUACGAACUCAGUUUGCAACUUCUAAAAAGUCACCACGUUUCAUGGACACUAUCAAAAAUAUCCUUCGAUCUCAAGGAAUACAAGGAUUUUUUCCCGGCCUGAAGGCUUCUUUAUACCAAAUCGGUCCCCAUGUGGGUCUUUUUUUCAUGGCUUACAAGUCCAUCUAUGCAUCUAUGUCUCCCUUAGGAAUAGCAGCUAGCUCUUCUUUGAGCGGAGUAUUGGCUGGUGUUACCACGAAGGCUAUGUUGUUCCCCGUCGACACUGUCGUAAAAAACAUGCAAGUUUCUAUCGUGCGACAGUCCUCGUUUGUACAGUGUUUCAACACCAUCCUGCGUGAUUCCGGAGCUCGUGGUUUUUACCGCGGCUUACCAAUUAGCAUUGCCAAAGUGGCUCCCGGAAGAGCAAUAACAAUGCUUAUUUACGAAGAGACUCUACGAACCCUAAACACAGUUUCGUCCGAAACAUAAGAUGCUAAAAGAUAGAUGACCCCAUUGUUACCUUUGUCUAAGAUAGAAGUUGUUAAUUCUCUCUUGUUGUAAGACGGAUUCAAUCUUGAUUGCGGUGAAGGAUUUUACAGAUAUGAAGCCCUUAACUGAGUUGGGCGUAUGAAUGUUAAUUUCCAGUGUUCUUUCCUUUUUCUCAUGAGCCUAUCGUUAUGAAGAAGCUAUUUUUUUAGUUCACAAAUUCUUGAAUAGAUUUACGUUAGAAUUUAGCAAUGCAGAUUGCCAUUUAAACUAGGAUAAGUGUCCCACAAGUGCAAAGCCAACAAAACAAAAGCUUUUUCACAAUGAGUACAGGUUUUUGGUAUACAAUUACUAAUUAGAAAUUACUAUCUUGUCAGAUUAUACUAGAC